UCCGUCCCAGCGCGACCCUGCUGCUGUGUCUUUGAUUGGAGGGAAACCCCGUGGAUGAGCGGGAGAGAUCAUCAGCUGUGCGGCCGGGAAUCAGGAACAACAUCGUCAAACGACACUCACAGCCCACACAGGAGCCAUGACGGACAAGGAGGAGCAGAUACAGAGAGCCAAACUGUCUGAGCAAGCUGAGCGCUAUGAUGACAUGGCUGCAGCCAUGAAGGCGGUCACAGAGGAGGGCUCGGAGCUCAGCAACGAGGAGCGCAACCUGCUCUCUGUUGCCUACAAGAAUGUGGUGGGGGCUAGGAGGUCCUCCUGGAGGGUGGUGUCCAGCAUGGAGAAUAAGUCUGAUGACUGCUGUAAAACAGUACUGGCCAAAGAGUACAAAGAAAAGAUCGAGAAGGAGCUGAACGACAUCUGCAGUGAAGUACUGGACCUGCUCAACAAACAUCUGAUCCCCAAUGCUAACUCUAACCCUGACAGCAAAGUCUUCUACCUAAAGAUGAAGGGAGACUACUUCCGCUACCUGGCUGAGGUGGCCAACGGAGAUAAAAAGGCGGAAAUCAUCUGUUGUUCACAAAAGGCCUACCAGGAAGCCUUGGAACUGAGCGAAUGUGAGAUGACACCUACACAUCCCAUCCGCUUAGGCCUCGCGCUUAACUUCUCUGUCUUCUACUACGAGAUUGUCAACUCGCCUGAAAAAGCCUGCAGUCUGGCCAAGAAGGCUUUUGAUGAGGCCAUUGCCCUACUGGAAAAACUCAACCCUGACUCCUACAAAGACAGCACCUUGAUCUUGCAGCUGCUCCGUGACAAUCUGACACUGUGGAUGUCAGACGCCCAGGGUGAGUGUGAUGAGCAGGAACAGGAACAGGAGGAGAAGGAGAAGGAAAAAGAGAGAAGGAGGAGGCGAAAGAGGAGGCGAAAGAGGAGGCGAAAGAGGAGGCGAAAGAGGAGGCGAAAGAGGGGGCAGCUGAGAAGAACUAAUCUUCAGAAGAAGAAAAAACAUCAAGAAAAACACAUUUUUUACCUCUCACCAGCCUAAGUUGUGUGUGUGGGUGUGUGCACAUACAUGCACAGAUAUGUAUGUUUACACUCCACUCACAAUGUGUAAAGUACAGUAUGUGUGCAGAUACAUUGAAGUGUGUGUGUGUGUGUGUGUGUGUGUUAAUCGUAUGAGUACCUCCACAGAGAAAAGAAUGGAAUAGAUCAGUUUUUUUUGUUUGUUUUGAACAUUUCUCAUUGUGUCAACCAGUGGAUGUUUAUUUUUUUAUUUGUUUGUCCAUUGUUUAGUCCAGAUGAAAUCCCUCCUUUUAGAUCCAAAUCUGCCCCAUGUUCUUUAACCUUAUUCACUGUAGCAAACUGCUGCUGUUGCAGGAAAACACAAACAAAAAACCUCUAACUGUAAUUUUGAUAAUUUGUAUGUUUUUACUCAACAUUUAAAAUCUUUGUGACAUGUGGGUCAACAAAAUCCUUUCAAGCAUGUAAACUUGAAAAAAAAUCCAAUAAAAAAAAAUAUGGUCACAGCGGUGUAAAUUCACAAAAAUGUAGGUCUCAUAUUAGAUGGAAGAAUUUACCUUGGUAAAGAUCUAUUGCCAUAUUGCUUGUAUCCAUCCCGCCCUGUCAGUGUCCAGUGUAGCAGGUAGUGUUUUUAUGGAUGGUACAUGUGUCAUGGGUUCAAUGUGCAUUCGGGUGGAGGAAAGGUUUUCUGUAUGAAUGGCCACUUGCCAAAAUUAGUUACACUUUGGUUGAUCGUUUUGUUGAGGGUUACAUUCCAUUUGACUGACAUCAAUAUCACUCUCGGUGAAAUGUUUAGACUAUAAUUUCCUGCAAUGCCCCAUAACACAUGACAAGGUAUAGACAGCCUAAGAUAAAGUGAACAACUUGACAAAGGCUCAAUACUGUAACUUUUGAUAUUUUAUCUUUUCAGCAGUGCAGACGAUACUUUUGCCAUGUGCUUUUAUGUGGCUUUCUACUCUUUUCUAUUCAGGUGUUUUGUAUUUUCUUUUUGUGUAUUUUAUUCCCUUUGACUCUUGAUUUGUCUCCUGGAAUGUAUGUGGUUCUCAGUAGUAUGGUGUGAGGGUUAGCUGUGCUUGGAAACUGGCAGUGUUUGCUUAGGAUUUAGCUCGAACCAGGUGGUGGUUUACAGUAACAUUUACCUUCCUUAAAAGUACAUUGUGAAAAAACUAAAACAUGCUAAAUAUCAACUGAUUAUUAAAGUAACUUGGUAGAAAGCUGCAUUAUGACCACCUGGUAGUCACAAAGUAGUGCCAGUUUCUUCUAAUCACAGUAUCUUGGUUUUAAAAAGAUGGGAUGCAGGAUUCAGAAUUUUGCAAGUUACACUAAGUACGUUAUGGUUAUGGUUAUGUGCUUUCAUGUAAGUGGAAUUAAAACAUUAAAAUCAAGUGUGCAGUGCU